GGGAUUAACAUGACUAUGAGUAUCUUGUUGCUGGAGUUACUCGAGAGCUCCAUGAUGUUAGGUCAACUAGAUCUUUAAACACUGAAACACUUUAAAUCCGAACCCAUCAAUAUUGUUUUAAAAAUGGAAUUUGAACCUAGUGUAGAAAAUUCUUCCUCGGAUAUUAUAACUACCGAAAAAGAAAAUUUAGUUUUAGAGUCAAAUAAGAACCAUGACGAUGUAGAAAAUAUCAAAAGUGAUGAAAAAACUGUGGAUAAUGAUAGCGAAGAUCAAACAUUUCAAGAUAUUUUAGGCUCUGGAGAUUUAACAAAAAAAAUUAUUAAACAUGGAACUAAAGAUAAUCGUCCAACUAGGGGUGAACAAAUUGUCAUCCACAUAACAGGUCGUCUAGAAGAUAAUGGAGAUAUUAUAGAACAAGAAAAUAAUUUAGAAAUUACGUUAGGUGAUUGUGAGGUAAUACAAGGGGUUGAUUUAGCAUUAAGUCUGAUGAAUGUUGGGGAGAUAGCAGAAUUAAAAAUUGCUCCGCGAUUUGGGUAUGGCGAUAAAGGAUUGGAACCUAAAGUGCCUCCUGGCAUAAAUUUACUCUAUACAGUAGAAUUAGUUAGUGCAGAACCAGAGCUCUCUCCUGAAGAACUAAUACCUUCUGAGAGAUUAAAAAUAGGACAAAAGAAAAAGGAAAAAGGAAAUUGGUGGUAUUCACGAAAUGAAAAUACUAUUGCAUUACACUUAUAUCGUAAAGCUCUUCAGUAUUUUGGUCAAUCUGGUGAAAUAGGUGAUGAAGUAUUUUUAAAUGUUGACAUUCAAAAUGAACGAAUUAAAACAUUGAAUAACAUUGCAGCUGUUCAUAUGUCUAUGAAUAGUCUUGACUUAGCAUUACAGUCUUUAGAAAGUGUACUUGCAGUUGAACCUAAUAAUUUAAAAGCUGUAAUGCGUAAGGGCAAAGUGUUAGCUGACAGAGGACACAGUGUAUUAGCAGCUGAGCAAUUCAAAAAAGCUUUGACAAUUAAUCCAAAUGAUAAAGCUAUUAAAAGAUUAUUAACUGAUAUUGAAUAUACACUACUCAAAGAAAAAGCCCAGGAAAAAGAACUUUAUAAAAAAAUGUUAGGACAAAAGGAUGUAAAAGAAAAGCCAAGGAAAAAGGCAUCCAAAAUGAAUAUAGCGUAUGUGAUCAGUGCGCUUGUAGCUGGAUUAGGAGUGGUCGGUGGAUAUUGUUAUUUAAGCAACAAUUAUUCUUUCAACAAAUUUGGUUUAUUUUAAUCGGGUAACUUAAAUUUUAUAAAUUCUGUAUUUAUUUAUUGUGAUUCUGUCAAAAUUAAAAAAUUUUAGUUGUUGUUUAUCUUUAUAGAGCAAAAUAUAAUGGGUAUACGUGUUUAUAAAUUCAUUCUUUCUAUAUCUUGUUAUAUUAUGUACUCAUUUUUAUGUUUUUAAUUUAUAAUUAAAACAUAUACUUUUUUCCUCAA